AUGCUGUUCAACACGACAAAGACUUUCUUCACCGACGAGGCCAACAACGACACCAGAACACCCGCAUACCCACCCGAACACAGCUACGCCCGCCCACCGACCCCGAUCCCGUCCCACACGCCGUGGCGCCGGCUGCCCACCUUCGACCGCGAUGCGGACUUCCAGACCGCCGAGUCGGGGGACUUCAAAUUCGCCAUCACGGAGCUGCUCGACAUCGGCCGCAUCCUCCUGCACGCGGAGGCGGAGCUCGAGAAGGGCCAGCAGCGGAUCGAGAGGGAGCGGCGGCGGCAUGCGGCGUCGCAUGGCGGCGCGUGCGGGAAGGUGCUGGAUGCGUGGGAGUGCGGGUGGACGCGGCGGAUCGCGCUGAUGGGCGCCGAGGCGGAUGAUCUGAAGCUGAGCACGGAGAUUUUGGCGGAUUGCUGGGUGAAAGCCGGCGGCGACGGAGGAGAGAACGAGUAA